ACGGAUAAAAAGUGCCAGGCAAACAAACGUGCAUCAGCGCGUUAAGUAACAAAUGUGGUUAACAAUCCUUGAAAUAGCAUCCCAAGCGCCACAGAUUAAGCUUAAACGACUGAAAAAUCAAAUAUCUGUGAUUUUCGGUAGGAUAAAUGGAAAAUCGGUAGUUUUAGGGCGGUCAUCUGUGAAUCGGUACACUGCUUCUAGACGACCCAAAAAAUCUUCCGCGACAAUUUUUGGCGACACUUUCUAUCUGUCAAACCGUCCUUGUUUUAGCACGAAUGCAUGGCUUACUUUGAUCGUAAUGUCGCGAAACGCGAGCGUUGCCUUUCUGUGAAAAUUUCACAAACCCGCGACAAUCACGGUUACCUCUGAUUUUGUUCUAAAACUGAGAUGUUGUUUUAGAACAAAGAGCUCGCAGAAAAUUUGUCGCGAUACAAAAGUUGGUCGUUUAGAAGCAGUGGUAGGCAUAUAAAAAAUCGGUAGGAAUACAGAUAAAUCGGUAUUUCUGGUCACUCUGGUCUCGUACCAUACCGCAUGUCACAUCGAAUGUUUUUCUUUAUUUGACAACCACAUGCCGCUGGAAUUCGUAAACAAUCGAUUGUUGUUUGUGCUGAGUUUGUUGAAAGAUAAUUUGAUUUGAAAUCAGUUAUAAAACAUCCAUUAUGGCAAAUGUCCUUUUAAGUGAAGCGGAAAAAACAUAUAUUCUGCAUGGUAUACAGAAAAACAUGAGGAACGAUGGGCGAACGAAUCGCGACUAUCGGCCGAUGGAACUCGAAUCAGAGAUAGUCGUCCAUGCAGCCGGAUCCGCGAGACUGCGUCUGGCUAACACGGACAUACUGGUAGGAGUAAAGGCAGAAAUUGAUACGCCUAUUCCUGAUCGACCCAACGAGGGAAAGGUGGACUUUUUCAUCGAUUGCUCGGCAAACGCUACUCCUGAAUUCGAAGGCCGAGGUGGUGAACAACUAGCGACGGAAAUUUCGAAUACCCUGUCCAAAGCAUACGAAUCUCAAAAGGGGUUCGAUUUGGCUGGCCUGUGCAUUAUGGCGGGCCACCAAUGCUGGAAACUGUACGUCGAUGUGUUGAUUCUAGAGUGUGGUGGAAAUUUAUUCGACGCCGUCUCGCUAGCCGUGAAGGGCGCAUUGUUCAAUACUAGGAUACCGCGUGUUUCAACAGCAAUGCAUGAUGGCGGCUCGAUGGACUUGAUUCUGACCGACGAUCCGUACGACUGUGAGCGAUUAGACGUUACGACUGCGCCCAUCCUAGUAACGGUGUGCAAGAUCGGAGACCAGUGCGUCGUGGAUCCGUCGGCCGAAGAGGAAGAAUGUAGCGUAGCAAGCGUAGCGGUGGGGGUUUCCUGCCGCCCUGAUGGGAAUACAACCACCAAACAGUCCAUAACUACGGUGCGUACCUCCGGGGAAGGAUCAAUACGCUUGGAAACGCUGAAAAAGUGCUUCGACACGGCAACCACCGUAGGCGCCUCCCUCAACAAAGCAUUGAUGAAAGCACUGCAUGAGGAUGAAACUAGAAAUUCGAAGGGAUUGGGCAAGCGUGAAAUUUACGGGUUUUUGAAAUAAAUCUUUGCAACGAAGAAAACAAGAAA